GAGAGUAUUAGCGAGACUCUUUAGUGUUAGAGGGUGAGCAAGUUUGAAAAAAGGCUAAAAAAAGCACAGACAAAUGUUGCAGUUUCCGGCGUUUAUGACCCAGUAUCCAUGGUCGACGAAGACGAUUCCGACGUCGUAUUUGUUGCCUUCACAGUGGCCUCAACCCCAUAGUGAAGAGCUCCUCCUCGCUAUGGAGGAAUCCGAUUACGAAGAGAAGUGCAAUGAGAUCAGAAAGACCAAUAGCAACCUCCCAGUGAUUGGGAAAACUAGCGUUGAUAAUGAUAAAGAAGACUAUGAUAAUGAUGCUGAUGACGAUGAUGCUGAUAAUGCCGAGGAAUCUGAAGGCGAAGAAUUUGAGCAAGAAACUGGCUGAAGAUUGUUGCCGAUAGUCUGUGUUUAGUUUGGAAAGUUUUAAAUGCCAAAUUGUCCUUGUGACUCAUUUCCAAAGAAAGGGAGAAGAUUUUGUUUUUCAUAUUAUGUUUGCAUACGACAGCAACUUACUUGGUUAGUUUGCAUAUGACUAUAAUUUACUUAGUUUUUAUGCUAACAUCCAAUCUUUCAUUGCUGGAAAAGCAACAUUGCUCAUUGUCUGCUUACACCAUAAACUCCUGUCUAUACCCAGGAGUUUCAUUCUGUUAUGUCUUUUCUAGAUUUCAGUGUCUUUUGUUCCUAGCAAUUUAGUGUAUCAAAGAUGUUCAAUAUCCAGAGACAAUUAAGACUGUAUAGAUACUGCAAUUUAUUUCAAAGAUGAAGUCUUUGAUGCAUUUUAAAUUCA